AUGCCUACUGAUGAUGCAAAUCUUGAGAAGGAGAAUAGUGAGGUCGUAGAGAAGGCCUUGGAUGAUGUUCCCACUUCAAAAGAUGGGAAAGCUAAAGCAAAUUAUGCUGAGAAAGAGAAAAAGAAAGGUUUCGAGCCUCCACCUGCCGAGCCAAAGCUACCAUUCCCACAUUGGAUGCAAAAGAACAAGCUAGAUCAACAAUUUGGUAAGUUCUUAACUAUGGUCAAGAACCUUGAGGUAACUGUUCCUUUUACUGAUUUGGUCUCUCAAGUUCCAAUGUAUGCAAAGUUUUUAAAGGAAGUGAUUACUAAGAAGAAAGACAUUGGUGGUGUAGAAACAGUCGCUCUAACUGCAGAGUGUAGUACUAUAUUGCAAAAUAAAUCCCCACCUAAGCUUAAGGACCCUGGUAGUUUUUCCAUCCCAUGUCAUGUAGGUGCAUUAUUCAUUGAUAAAGCUUUAUGUGACUUAGGUGCUAGUGUGUCUGUUAUGCCUCAUUCUGUUUGUAACAGGUUGAAUAUGAGAGCUUUAAAAUGCACACAGAUCACUUUGCAAAUGGCGGAUCGUUCUAUAAAAUACCCUUUAGUUAUUUUGGAGGAUGUCCCCGUUCGGGUUGGGAAAUUUUUCAUUCCUGAUGACUUUGUAGUUUUGGAUAUGGAGGUGGAUAGUAACAUCCCGAUCAUUUUAGGUAGACCUUUCUUGUGUACUGUAGGUGUUGUUAUUUUAGUCAAGUUUGGAUCCUUUACUUUGUCUGUUGGUGAUGAUACAGUGACUUUUAAUCUAAUCAAUGCGAUGAAGUCGCCUAUGCUUAAGAAUACUUGUUGCAGGAUUGAUUUGCUUGAUGAGAUUGUGAGAGAUGAUAUGCCUCGUGAGUUAGCUAAUGAUCCAUUAGAAGCUAUUCUCGCACUGGAGGUCUCUAAAGGAGAAGGAGAUGCAGCGAUUGAUUCCUUGAUUCGUGACUUGGAUGCCCCUAACACUGAGGGGUUUGAGGUAAUGAAAACUAUUUGUUCUACUUCUGAGUCACAAGUAAAAAAGGUAGAGUUAAAACCUUUGCCUUCUCAUCUUAAAUAUGCAUUUCUUGAUGAUAAUGAGGAAUGCCCUGUAAUUGUUAGUGCUAAACUCGAUGAUAGCCAAGUUUCUAAGCUUUUGACUGUGCUUCGCAUGCAUAAAAAGGCAAUCGGGUAUAGCAUUGACGAUCUUACACUGAUAAGUCUUAAUUUUUGUUUCUUUCAGAUUCCCAUUCAUCUGGAAGAUCAAGAGAAGACAACGUUCACAUGCCCCUAUGGUACAUUUUCUUAUCGCAUAAUGCCAUUUGGGUUGUGUAACGCUCCUACGACGUUUCAAAGGUGUAUGAUGGCCAUUUUCUCUGAUUUCAUUGAGAACAUCAUGGAGGUAUUUAUGGAUGAUUUUAGUGUUUAUGGUUUUGAUUUUGAUAUGUUCUUGCAUAAUCUUUCUAAGGUGCUUAAACGUUGUACUGACGUCAAUUUGGUCUUGAAAUGGGAAAAGUGCCACUUCAUUGUCAAUGAAGGAGUGGCACUUGGUCAUCUUAUUUCUGAUCGUGGCAUCGAAGUUGACAAAGAAAAAAUUGAGGUGAUUGAGAAACUUCUCCCUCCCGUGAAUGUCAAGGGAGUGAGAAGUUUUCUUGGUCAUGUAGGGUUUUAUCGCCGAUUUAUAAAAUAUUUUUCGAAAAUAGCGAAACCCCUCACUCAACUAUUUCUUAAGGAUGCCACAUUUGAGUUUACUGAUGCUUGUAUGAAGUCUUUUAACAGGAUUAAGGAGGCAUUGAUAACUGCUCCUAUCAUACAACCUCCGGAUUGGGAUUUGCCAUUCGAGAUCAUGUGUGAUGCGAGUGACUAUGUUGUGGGAGUUGUGCUUGGACAACAAAAGAACAAGGUUUUGCAUGCCAUUAACUAUGCUAGUAAAACCUUGGAUGAGGCUCAGAUGAAUUAUGCCACCACUGAGAAAGAGCUCCUAGCUAUUGUGUAUGCUCUUGAAAAGUUUCGAACUUACCUUACUGGUGGUUCACAUCCUCUGGAUCUGACUUACCAACAACGCAAGAAGUUCUACCAUGAUGCCAAGCGGUACUUUUGGGAUGACCCUCAUUUGUAUCAAAAGUGCGCUGAUGGAAUGUUUCGGAGAUGUGUAGCGGAUUGGGAUAGUCAUGGUAUCCUUCAUCAUUGCCAUAAUCUACCUUCUAGUGGACAUCUUGGUUCUACUAUAACUGCCUACCGAGUGCUUCAAUGUGGUUUCUAUUAG